AUGGAGGCGGUGGUGCGGAAGGUGCAGCAGCGUGUGAGGAAGGCGCAGGAGGAGAUGGACCAGUGGGAUGACCUAAACACUCGCCUCCUUUCCUACUUCUCCAAUGCCGGCACGGUCAUCUCUCGCCUUCAGGCCCUUGGAGAGGACAAGAAUUAUGGUCCCUUGCGUGGUGUGCCCAACAUCAGAGAGGAACUCAUGGGGAACCAGAUGGAGGUUCUGGAGCUCAUUUUCGUUAAUGCUAGGGAGGUCCUGGAGAAGUUCAAUGACAUUGUGAAAGCUUUAAAUAAGGCUCUGCGUGAUAACAAGCAGAUGGUGAGAGGCGGCUCGGCACUCACGGCAAAACAGAUGCAGUUACAAGUGGGAAUUUUGCCAACGAUUGCAGAAUGCUUGGAUGGAUUUCAAACAUUAUGUGAGAUGCACCAGGCAGAGUAA